AAUCCGCGCCCGAUUUCUCUUCCAUCGGCGGUUUUUCACCGGCCUUUCAUCUUCAGUCUCACUUCCCCUUCUCCCUCCCUGCAAACACGAGGAAGCCUUUUCUUCCCACAUUCCCGGCAUUUCCCCAAGCGGGACUCAAAUCUCUUGUACUCCCGCAAUCCAUGGGAAGCAUAAACAAGAACAGAGUCGGCUUCCCCUCCCACCAUCACUCUCCCUCCAUUGUCUGCACAAGGACCCAUCAGAUCGGAGCCCUAGCUCUCGUCAUCACCACAUUCUUCCUCACCAGGCUCCUCGAUCACCAUCGUUCAUUCACUUCCCCCUCUUUCAACAACCGUUACGGCGACCAACCCCAUUCCGUCGAUGUCGGCAGUGGUGGGUUCCCAUGGCCCGAUCGAGGCUACGGAUCUCACCUUUCCCUCAAGAUCUACGUCUACGAAGAGAAAGAGGUCGACGGGUUGAAUGAAUUGAUGCGUGGGAGAGAUGGGAAGAUCUCGGCCGAUUCGUGUUUGAAAGGGCAGUGGGGAACGCAGGUUAAAAUCCAUCGGUUUUUACUGCAAUCAAGGUUUCGGACAUUGAAGAAAGAAGAUGCAGAUCUUUUCUUUGUUCCAUCUUAUGUGAAAUGUGUGCGGAUGAUGGGGGGACUGAAUGAUAAGGAGAUAAACCAAACAUAUGUAAAGGUUCUGAGUCAAAUGCCAUAUUUCCGACGAUCAGGAGGCCGCGACCACAUAUUCAUCUUCCCAAGUGGUGCUGGCGCUCACUUAUUUCGGUCUUGGGCAACAUACUUGAAUCGAUCUAUAAUUCUGACUCCUGAGGGGGAUCGCACUGACAAGCGAGACACAAGUGCUUUCAAUACAUGGAAAGAUAUCAUUAUCCCUGGAAAUGUUGAUGAUGGAAUGACUAGAUCUGAUGGGGAUUCCUUACAACCUUUGCCCUUGUCAAAAAGGAAGCAUUUGGCGAACUUCUUAGGUCGAGCCCAGGGAAAAGUUGGUCGUCUUCAAUUGGUGGAGCUUGCUAAACAGUUUCCAGAUAAGUUGGAAUCUCCAGAGUUGAAGUUCAGUGGCCCUGACAAAUUGGGACGGAUGGAUUAUUUCCAACACCUGCGAAAUGCCAAGUUCUGCCUAUCUCCACGCGGCGAGUCAUCAUGGACGCUUCGAUUCUAUGAAUCUUUUUUUGUGGAAUGUGUCCCGGUUAUCUUGUCGGACCAAGUAGAAUUGCCUUUUCAGAAUGUCGUCGACUACACCCAGAUAUCAAUCAAGUGGCCCUCUACUCGUAUUAGUUCUGAACUCUUGGAUUAUCUACAAUCAAUACCAGAUGAAGAGAUAGAGAGGAUGAUAGCCAAUGGCAGACAGGUAAAGUGCUUAUGGGUUUAUGCUCCAGAAACCGCACCCUGCUCAGCAAUGCGAGGCAUCAUGUGGGAACUUCAGAGGAAAGUGAGACGAUUCCACCAGUCAGCAGAAACGUUUUGGCUGCAUAAUGGGUCCAUUGUAAACAGAAACUUGAUUGAUUUCCAUGAUUGGAAACCACCCAUGCCGUUACCUUGAUUUACUUGUGAGAUCUCAUCCCUGUAGGUCCAUCUGAUAGGACAUCGCUCUUCCUCAAGAGUGAUUUGAUCGGUUUCUGUAGAUUUUGCUGGAUGAAACCCCAAAGAGCGUUGUGUCCGAAAUAUAGUUAAUUUCUGAAACAUAUUCCAAUGUUUUUCA